AUGCUUCGUCGACCGCUUUUAUGGACGGGGAUUCUGAGAACCCCGAGUCCACGUCUCCUUCGCCAUGUCUCCUCCGUACCCCCGUUGAUUCGCAUUGAAAAGGGAACCUUCUACCAGCGCUAUCCCACCCCCGAUGACGCCGCUACGGGCCAGAACCCGCCUCUGUUUCCGAACCUCAAUUUCGUCCUGCCAGCUAAGCCAGAGAGUCUUUCGACGAAGGAGAAGGACGAGCCACAGCAGCAACAGCAUUGGGCUGUGAUCGGGUCGUCUGGGCGAACGAGUUUCCUGGACGUCUUCCGCGGCCAGUAUAUCUGCGAUCCCCCCACCGCCCGCAGCUACCCGUUCCUCCUUACAGACGAGAUUGCUGAGAAGGAUCCGCGUUUACGGUUUGUCGGCAAUGCGGUUCAGUAUAUUGGGUUCAGUGGUGAGGGUUCUGGGGCCAUUGGUGGUACGCGAGGUGCCUACUUGAGUGCUCGGUAUGAGAGUCACCGGGAAGAGACGGAUUGGACUGUUGAACAAUAUCUCAAGGGACAAACAGAGUUGAAUCCGUUGGAGGGAUUUGAAGAUGGAAAGGUCAAGGACAAGGUACUAUUGGACCAGGUUAUCUCCGAUUUGCGGUUGAAGGAGCUGCUUGAUAUGCCGGUAGCGAACCUCAGCAAUGGCCAGACAAGACGUGCGCGGAUUGCAAAGGCGUUGCUGAGCAAGCCGGAGCUGUUACUGCUGGAUGACCCUUUUAUGGGACUCGAUCCGGCCACCGUCCGGGGCAUCUCCGGAUUCCUGCACCAACUGGCAGCCAAAAGCUCACCCCGAUUGAUACUUGCUCUACGCCCACAAGAUAUCGUCCCAGACUGGAUCACACAUGUCAUUAUUCUCGGAAACAACAACAGAGUCCUUUUGCAGGGAUCCAGGGCAGAAGUUAACCAGGCUCUGGAGGUGUGGAGACGCCUGCCUAUUAAGAAUCAGACUGGUCUUCGUCCGGGGGAUAAGAAGAUAUAUGCCCAGGCAGCGGAUGACAUGGAGAAGGGGUUCUUGGACAAGCAGUUGCUCUGGGACUUGGACCUGGUCAAGUCAAAAGCGGACAAAACGGUUCCUGCGGCUGCGCAGGGAGGAGAACCGCUGAUUGAGAUGGAUGGCGUGCGCGUGCAGUACGGCGACAAGGUGGUCCUUGGUAACUGGGAACAGGACAUCAAUGGAAAGAAACAAGAGGGACUACACUGGACCGUCCGUCGUGGAGAGCGCUGGGUGGUUCUGGGAGCAAACGGGUCAGGCAAGACUACACUGCUAUCGAUGAUUACAUCAGACCAUCCACAAGCAUACGCUAUGCCACUGAAACUCUUGGGACGAUCACGGCUUCCCGAACCCGGCAAACCUGGAAUCUCACUCUUCGAGCUCCAAUCCCGCAUGGGUCACUCCUCCCCCGAAAUCCACGCCUUCUUCCCCCGCCAACUGACAAUCCGCCAAUCCAUCGAGUCCGCCUUCGCAGACACCUUCCUCUCCAGACCCAAGCUAAACCACGACCGCGACCUCGACGUCAGCGCCGCCCUGCGCUUCUUCAAAGCCGAACUCGACCCCGAUGCCGCAUCCCCCACCAAAGAAAACCCACCUUCCAUCGAAAGCAAAUCCGGCGACGCCUUCCCAGACAUCGGCCUUUCCCACCGCAUGCAAAAACAACCCUACUUUCCAACAGACUACGACGUCGACUACGCCGACACAGUGACCUUCGGCCAGCUCAGUACCGCCCAGCAACGCGUCGUCCUCUUCAUCCGCGCACUCAUCCAUAAACCAGAUAUCAUCAUCCUCGAUGAGGCGCUCUCCAGCAUGCCCGCUUCCACACGAGACAAGUGUAUCGCCUUCCUCGAGACCGGCGAAACAAUUCCCCCAUACCUCAUCCCCCCGCCUGGCACCCGCCGUUCCAAGAACGAAGAGCCCCUCAUCAAGGGCUUCAACUCUGACCCAGCAACGAUCCGCCACACGGGUAUUUCGGAAAACCAAGCGCUGAUCAUGAUCAGCCACGUCAAGGAGGAAAUCCCCGAUAUCAUACGACACUACAUGCGUCUCCCGUCAGACCCCGGAGACGGCGCGGAGCCGCUGGAUUUCAGACUCGGCGUGCUAGCGCAGGACUGGGUGAUGAGCGAUCCGGCCAUGUGGGAGCGCGUGUGGUCGCCGCCGUCGGUGUUUGAUAAUCCGUUCAAGGCUGCUAAGUUUAAGCCCGCGAUGUCGCCGGAGAAAAGCAAGGCUAAGGAGGAGCGGGCGGUUGAGACAGAGAAGCCGGAGGUGAAGACUUCUCGUCGAGGGAAGAAGAAAGCAGAGCAGCCAGAGGAGCCGGAGCAGAAAACUGCUCGUGGACGGAAGCAGGUAGAAGAGCCGGAGGAGCCAGAGCAGAAGGGUUCGCGUCGGCGACGGUCAAAGAAGACAGAGGAGUCUACGGAGCCGAGUAAAGGCCGUGGGCGACCAAAGAAGGCAGAAUAA